UGAUAAUUACGAAUCGGGAGGAGAACAGAGGUGUUGUUCUGUGCAAAAUUUUAUGUUUUUUACGAUUAUUUUUCGUUGUUUCAUUUUUCUGCAAGCAUGAACGGCGAGUACGACGCUAUUAUUUUAGGAACUGGACUUAAAGAGUGUAUUUUGAGCGGCUUGUUGGCUUUGAACGGCAAAAAGAUCUUACAUUUAGAUCGUCGUGAAUAUUAUGGCGGGGACAGCGCCUCGGUGAACCUUGCCAAGCUUUACGAACUCGCUGGAAAAAGCGAAAAUUUCACUCAAAUCGGACGAGCCCGGGAUUGGAAUAUCGAUUUAAUCCCCAAAUUUAUCCUCGCCAAUGGCGUUUUGGUGAAGCUUUUGGCUUACACAGGUGUUGCAAAUUACAUGAAUUUUAAAUUGGUAGAAGGGAGUUAUGUGUAUAAGAGUGGGCAGCUUUAUAAAGUGCCGUCAAAUGAAUUAGAGGCUUUAGAUACUAGUCUGAUGGGGUUUUUCCAGAAGCGACGUUUCCGUACGUUCUUGGAGUUUGUGUCUGGUUUUGAUUUUGGGAAUCGGGAAACGUGGGGGGACGUGGUUCCCGACUCCACGACCAUGGCGGAGGUUUACGACAGUUUCGGACUCGAUCAAAAUACCAUUGAUUUUACGGGACAUGCAUUGGCACUGUAUUUGGAUGACGACUACCUUCACAAACCAUGUGCGGAGGCAGUUAAGAGGAUUAACUUAUACCGCGAUUCAAUCGCAAAGUACGGUAGAAGUCCGUAUAUAUACCCGGUAUAUGGUUUAGGCGAGUUACCCCAGGGUUUCUCUCGGUUGGCUGCGCUACACGGUGGUGUAUUCAUGGUCAAUAAACCGGUUGACGAGGUCGUUAUGCAGGAUGGUGUCGCGGUUGGGAUCACUUCCGCCGGGGAGAUUGCAAAAGCAAAGUGCAUUGUGGGAGAUCCAUCAUACUUUCCUGAGCGAGUGUCGAAGAUUGGGAAGGUUGUCAGAUGUAUUUGUGUGAUGUCUCAUGCUAUAGCAGGAACGGAUGAAUCAUUGUCGUGUCAAAUCAUUUUGCCACAAAAUCAAGUCAAUAGAAAGUCAGGUAUAUAUACAUAAUAAAAUAGCAAGGGUUGCAGAUUCAUUCAAAUACGCCCUUUCAAUAAUUACAUCACAACUACACUGUUUUCAACUUAGGACCACCUUAAAUGGAAAGGAUUUCAAGUUUUUUUCUCAUGGGCUAUGCACAGAGAAGCAAAACACCCUUCUUCAACACAUGCAUGAAAAAUAUUUUGAUUUGAUUUUGACCAAUAAAUGUGGAAAUAAGUUUUAACACAAAAACAAGGCUCCUGGUCAAGAAGCACUCACAGAAAACCGUUCGUCCCCGCUAGAGAUUUUGUUGAGCUCAUGUUUAUUGACAGCUCACACCACACACAGAAAAAUCACAAAUAUUGUAAUCUCUCUCAUUUUAUGCACCACACCUUGGUAUGCCUGAUAAUGCUUACAAAUUCCUGGAAAUAUUUUAGAUAUCUACAUAUGCUUGGUGUCAGAUACGCACAAGGUAGCCGCUAAAGGCAAAUAUCUUGCAAUGGUGAGCACCACUGUUGAGACGUCAAACCCUGAGCAAGAAUUAAAACCUGCCCUAGAUCUGUUGGGAGAGAUUGAUGAAAAAUUUGUGUUUGUCACAGACCUGUAUGAGCCCAAUGACGAUGGUGCUGAUAGUAAGGUAU